GGAUCUUCGGCGAUUGCCACCAACAGUACUAGAAUUUGACAUACAUCGCCAUCCAGACUUCAUUGGGAGGCGCAUUUUCGCCGCAGCAUCGAUUGGUCAUUAUCAUGUUCAAACCAGGUUGACAAGAACUUGUACUUUUCAUACCAAGAAGUCCCCCCACCAUUCGAAAUCCACUACCUGUAUCGCGAAGCUCUCGAAUGCGAUAAUGACCAAGCAGGAGUUGAAGCGCGCAAGGUCGAGAUCCACCACGAACACGACCGAAGAGAGACUGGAGCCGCAACUACAGAGAGCAAUUGAGGAUGAAGAUGAAGGGAGAGGACAGGAAAAGCUGCGCGGGCUUAUCGAUGAAGCUAGAGCGAAGAACCAACUUCAAGACCACCAUUUGCGAAUCGCGUUGAUGCGAAGUUCUCUCAAGAACAAGAUUGCAGCAACAAGAUAUUUAUUGUCCGAAGGCGCGCCACCAAAUGGAGCGCCGGGGAAUUUGGGAUCACCGCUGCUGCGAAGCGUAGAGAGAGAUCAUAUUGCGAUUGUGGGGGAGUUGUUGAGGCAUGGAGCAGAUCCAGAGAGUCGUGACAAAAGGGGCAGAACGUGUUUGAAUAUGGCAGCUUGGAAAGGUCAUUGGAAUGUUCUUGGACUUCUGAUAAAAAACGGCGCGGACGUCAAUGCGAAGGACAAUCGAGGUAAAUUACUCGCAGUCCCUUUCUAGGUGACCAAGUAUAUGCUAAUGAAUCCAUAGGGAGAAAUGUUCUUCACAAUCUCGCGGCAGAUAAAACCAUGAACUGGGGCGAUUCGGUUGUCGAGCUUUUGUUGAGGGAAAGAAAUCUAGAUUCCGAAGCACAAGACGAAACAAAAAGAACGCCAUUAAUUUGGGCCUGUGCUGAGGGCAAAAGGCAUUUCGCGGAACAACUACUCACUCGCCCUUUGGGCAGAGCGAAUAUAGAUGCCACCGAAAUCAGAGAUAAGACUAGUCUGCAUCUUGCAGCAAUACACAGCAGAGAUGAUAUAGUUGAGCUACUUUUAUCAUACGGAGCAGACGUUCAUGCCCAGUCCGACGGCGGAUGGACUCCUUUUCACAACUCUUGUCAGAACGGAUGUGAGAAGAUUGUACGUCAACUUGUGAAAGCAGGUUCUGAUAUCAAUGGCAAGCUUCUCAAUGGCAGGUCAGGUCUUCAUCUGGCAGCCGAGGGCGGGCAUGUCGAAGUUGUGAAAUAUCUCCUAAGUUUCAAGCACAUCAAGAGAACUGCUAGGGAUAGUUUUGGCAGCACGCCGUGAGUAAAUAAUUAGACAUUCAUGAAUAAUUGCUAAUUUGCUUAGGUUCCUACGGGCCGCGCAGUAUAAAAGAAAUGAAAUUGUUGAUCUGCUCGCCCCAUACAACAAUUUGGAAUUUCUCUCUGCAGAUGCCAUUGGCGCCUGUAAGGGCUUCUCUGCUACGAUUGUUGACUUUGGAAACUAUUCCCAUGGAAACAAGGCAGAGAAGCAGACAGUGGGAAACAAAACGGACAAGAAGACGGUCUUUGAGCUGCUUUACGCCCGUGAUACUAUCAAUCCAAGAAAACCAGCUGUCACAAUACGCCCCAAGCCGGGCGAAUUUCGAUGGAUUCAUCUUCCAGCCAAUAAUAUGGCUUGGGUCGAAUCACUUCUCACGAAGCUUUUCAUCGAAGAAGGGGGCAAUGAUAUUGACGGGUUUAAAGCGCUCGAGCGUUCUCUGACCAACCAACAUCGCGGGCAUCGCAGUCAUUCACAUUUUAUGAGACCUUUGUGUCAAAAGACCACAAGAUCAGUACCCAAACAGCCGGAGACUGAAAAUCCUCAAAUUGUUCUCAAUGGGCCUGGGCCAAGAUCUACAGAUGACCCUGGCCCGCUGUCGAGACAAUCAACUGCCACAUCUGGAGACCUGAUCAAUUCACUCAGCGAUCUUACCGACACAAAAACCUUCCAAAAAGAUAGGUCGAAAAAGGGAAAAGGAAGCAAAUCACCAAAACCCGCCCCAGAAACUCCUACGCCAAAAGAACUUCGCAAGGUAAAGUAUCUUAACAAGAUUUCCCCUUCCCCAACAUCACCAGGUCGAAAAGAUUUCCCACAAACUUCACGUGGCAAUUUGUUUCUAUUUCUUCCAUAUCUUCACUUUGAAAGCAGUGAAAGAUGUGGUAGGAUGCAAGAAGCCAUUGAACGAGCAGAGAAGUAUCCGCGGUCACACCCUCGUACGGAUCCGGCGAGUAGUCAUGAUGAGAUGCUUAUUCGUGCACAUUUGGCGUCUUCGACUGCUUCGCUUCAUGUGAGGAGAACUUUAGGUAAGAAUCUUAUUUUCCCUUGAUAUUUCGAUCCCCCUAAGCAUUUCCUUUAUCAAAUUUUGGGCCACCUUUUGAAAAACUCGAAACAUCGUAUAUUGUGCCAAAGUCUGGGAGAGUAGAAAUCAUUGUAGGAAAUGGAUAUGAUAAGUAGAUAUCUGGUUUACUCGUACAGUUGUUUUUAGUCUCCUGAACCUAUGGCAUCAUCUAAUCAAAAUGAUGUGCACCGAGUCGUUCCUUUCUCGAUAAACCUUUGAAUCUGUAGCCUCUUGUGUGAUACUUUGAAUCCGAGACUGUUCCACUAGGAGGUAGUGACUACUGUCUAAUCUCUCUACGAUUGCUCUGAUUAGUCUACAAGUACAAGAAUUAAGAAACUAUAAGUUUAAUUAUGCUAGCCUUUUGGCAUGAUUGAACUUGAUUCUUCGAAUCUUGUUGGCACAAUGAAGCGCUAGAAGUCUCGGUAAUCAAAUUUCAGCAACCAGGAACUCCUGAACUCCCCGGUUGUGUCUUCAACCAAUUUUGGGCGGUAGUGAUCUUACCUAGCUCAGGAGUGGUGAUUCCAAUGUAGAAUUCGGGUCUAUGAAUUCACGCCGCUCAUCAGACACCCCUUGAUUGCUCGAAACUAACCAUUCGCACCUCAGAUCAAAGCUUUUACCACAACAUCGACACCCAAGCACGAGACAAAGACCAAGUAGUCUACCGCUACCAAAAGAACCGACGCGAAAACCCCCGCAAAGACCCCAACAUCGUAAUGGUCGACCAACUCUGGAUGUGGGUUCUCGGCAAAGACCUCGUCAUAACCGCCUUCCCCCAACGCUGGGGGCAACCUAAACGAGACCCCUUGAACGUCCUCGACAGCAUCAUCGAAGACCUCAACGACACCACGCGCGAACCCGUGCAGUCCGUCUACGACCUCGCAAUGGUGAUCACCGGGCGCUGCUGUGGCGUCUUUGAUCGACACCGUGGCGGUGACGAAGAUUACCAGUUCCUAGAUAUGUUUGAGAGUUCCAUUGGCGAUGCGACGGAUUGCGAUUCGAGACUUUUCGAUGACUUUAAUCGCGCGUCCAGACAUGCUAGUGCGUGGUUACAGCAUCAUCGACGGCUGAAUCGCCCCGCGAGACUUAUGCCGUAUGGGUCUUCGAAGAAGGCCUUUGCGGAAGCUGAUGCAGGUGGGAUAGGAGAUGAUUUUCGAACUCCCGAGGAUUUCAAGAGAGGGCCGGAGUUUAUUGAUAAAUUACUGGAUAUUGGACAGGAGACGAAUCUGCUAGCGGAGACGAAGGAUAUUAGGGAUGAGCUGAAUAUGAUCCGGAAGGUGUUGGAGGAUCAGCAGCAUGUUCUUCCGACCAUUGAAGCUGCUAUCUGCGAGAUUUACGCGGAAGAACAGAUUGCGCAGCGUGAUGUGAAGAAGUCGUUUGCGUCGCAGGGGAAAACGGUCGCUACGCAUAUUAAAGAUAUCGACCGUAUGGAUAAACAGGCGACGAAAAUCUAUGUCUCUGUUACUGAUAUGCUUGAUCUCAAGCAAAAACACGCCAACGCAUUCGAAGCGCGGUUCGCGAGGGACCAGGCAUCUGCUACCGCUAGACAGAGUCAGACUGUCAUGGUGUUUACGAUUGUCACUAUCGUCUUCCUCCCGAUGAGUUUCCUCGCUGCGGUCUUCGCUAUCAAUGUCAAGGAGUUCCCGAAUAAUGAGGGGGGUCUGCCGAUUGGCUGGGUGGCGAAGUAUAUGUUCGGCAUUGGCCUUUCGAUUUCUUUCCCCAUGAUCUUCUUUGCGUUCUAUCUUGAUGAUAUUGGGGAAGCGGUGAGGAGGCUGAGGGGGUGGAGGUUCAAGAGACAAGGGAAGGAGGGGUAUGAAGGGGAGGAGGGGGAGAAGAGUGUUCUUGAUUUGCCGGGGAUGGAUCAGGUGUUUAGUGUUGGGAGGAGUGCGAGGAAGAGUGUGGAGAAUGGGGGUUGGGUGCGAGAGAGGUUUUCUGGGAGUGUGGGGAGACCGGGGACGGUGGGGAGUUUGAAGGGUGGGUAUAAUGGGAAGGGGGAGGGGAAUACGGGGUUUAGGAUUAAGAAUAGCGUUGAUAUUGAGAGGGGGGUGAGAUGA